AUGGACGUGCAAACACAGCGGAAGGCCAGGAUCUUCAGUCGUAGAGAGAUUGAGGGCCAAAUCGCCAAUGGCCGGGCCAUUGUUAUUGUAGACAACAGAGUCCUGAACGUAGGAGCUUGGAUGCCAUAUCACCCUGGUGGUGAUAAAGCCAUGCGGCACAUGAUAGGUCGAGACGCUACAGAUGAGGUUACUAGAUUUCACUCCUCUCAGACUCUAGAGCUCAUGAACCGCUACCAAAUCGGGCGCAUCGAAGGACGCUGGACGAACUUUCUUCCACCGAUCCAGGGAGGAAAGUUCAGGACACAGGCAGAACUGGAGAGACUGUCAGAAGACGAAUACUUGGAGUCGUGCUCUUCCUCAGAUCACGAGACCGCUAGCUCAACAUGUUCGGCAGACCAGAGUCCUGUCUUCGAGCCAGCAGACAAAACGUCUUCUAUACGGCAAAGAACCACGGCGACUAUCGCACGCGCAUCAUCAUCAUCUUCGGUAUCUUCGAUUGGCCUCGAUGAUGCAUCGGGCCCGCCAAAGAUGUCAGUGUUGGACAGACGUACACAACAGGAGCUGGACUUGGACAAGGCGAAAUAUCCCUCGACAGACCCACAGACACAGGACAGGAUAACGCAGAAGUACCGUGACCUGCACGAGGAGAUUCAAGCGCGAGGACUAUACAAUUGCAACUACAGCUCGUAUGCCGUCGAGUGUCUGCGAUACGGGACGUUCAUCGCGCUGUUCCUGUAUGCUCUUUACUCUGGCUGGUACAUUACAAGUGCUAUCCCACUCGCUUGCGUUUGGCAUCAGCUCACCUUCACCGUCCAUGACGCUGGCCACAUGGGCAUUACACACGACUUUACGACAGAUACCACCAUGGCCAUGUUCAUUGCAUCCUACAUGGGCGGGUUGAGUGCGUGUUGGUGGAAAUUCAACCACAACGUCCAUCACCUCGUUACGAACGACCCAGAACACGAUCCAGAUAUCCAGUACAUACCUAUUUUCGCUGUCACUCACCGAUUCCUGGAGGGCCUCACAACAACGUACUACGAACGGGUCAUGGAGUACGAUGCAGCGGCUAAGCUCCUGGUGCGCAUCCAACACUACACGUACUAUCCGAUCAUGCUGUUCGCACGUUUCAACCUCUACAGACUGUCACUGGAGUACCUUUUGGGCGGCAAGGGACCGAAGAAGGGGCCGGCAUGGUGGCAUCGCUACUUCGAGAUGGUCGGCAUGAUUGUGUUUUGGACGUGGUACGGCUACGGUGUCGUGUACAAGACCAUGCCAGACAACUUCAGCCGCUUCUGGUUCGUCAUCAUCAGCCACGCGCUCACUUCGCCUUUGCACGUGCAAAUCACACUGUCGCAUUUCGCAAUGAGCACGACGGACCUCGGCAUUCACGAGUCGUUUGCCCAGAAGAUGCUGCGCACGACUAUGGAUGUCGACUGCCCGCAGUGGCUCGAUUUCUUCCACGGUGGCCUUCAGUUUCAGGCCAUUCACCACUUGUACCCCAGGAUUCCUAGGCACAACCUGCGGGAGACGCAAAAGCUGGUUCAGGACUUUUGCAACGAGGUGGACAUACCCUAUGCUCUGUACGGGUUUCUGGACGGGAACAAACAGGUGAUCGGCAGGCUGGCCGAUGUAGCCAGGCAGGCGGCUAUUUUCGCGGAGUGCCAGCGGACCAUAGCAGCAGAGGGUGACUAUGGGCUGCAUUAG